GAGAGAGGGAGGAAUAAACAGCCCGCACAAGUGCAGACUCUCUGUGAUUUGGAAGGCUGAGAAACACAGAAACACAUUUGGUGCUUCAAAAUCAGCUUUGGCCAGCGUUUCCCCAGUAUUUUCUUCUCUACAAAAAGAUGAAUUUAAGCUCAGCUGAAGCCUACAGCUCUUCUUUCACCAGACACAUGAGGAUCAUCCUGCUGGGGAAGACUGGAUCAGGAAAGAGUGCAACAGGGAACACCAUCCUGGGACGAAAGAGUUUUGCCACAGGCAUGUCUCCGUCUUCUGUGACAAAGAGAAGCAAAAGAGUAACCUGCCAUUUUGAGGAACAAAGUGUGAGUGUCAUUGACACCCCUGGGGUCUUUGACACAUCGAUUGUGAAAGUCCAGUUCAAAAGAGAAAUAGAGAAGUGUAUCAUGCUGUCUGUCCCAGGGCCCCAUAUAUUCCUGCUGGUGGUCAGACUGGAUGUACGGUUCACAGAUGAAGAGAAGAAUGCCAUCAAAUGGAUCAAGGACAACUUUGGUGAAGAAGCCUCUAAGUACACGCUGGUGGUUUUCACCAGGGGAGAUGUGCUCAUGGAGAAGUCCAUUGAGACUUAUUUAAACGAAAGCUCUGAACUCAGGAAGUUCAUCAGUGGCUAUACAGCUGGGUAUGUAGUUUUUGACAACACAUGCAUUGAAAAUCGCACUCAGGUGGCUGAUUUGCUUGAAAAGAUAGAUGAGAUUGUGAAGUCAAAUGGUGGACAUUAUACCAGCAGCAUAUAUGAAGAGGCCCAGAGAAAAAUUGCGUCAGAUGAAUGGUGGACAAAGUCUGGAGAAUAUAUGAACAAUGUAGGUGAUCACUUGUGUACAGCUGCAGCAGUCACAGCUGUAGCUGGUGCUAGAACUGCAUUCAUGGGGUCAGUUUUAAUGUUCGCGGGUGCAGCGACCUCGAAAGCCAUCGGGUGGUUGAUGAAACCUAAAACAAGAGACAGCUAAGUCGUGCCAGACUCAGAUUUAGACCCCUGAAGUCACUUCAUGUUUUUCUUUUUCAUAUAAAUUCGCUUACUUCAUUUCAUGAAUGCAUGUUCAUACAUAUUAGUCACAGCUUGCCUGCUUUGAACAAUAGAUGAACUGGUUAUGACUGUACACUUUUAUUCUGAAUGCCAAUUUGUAUGGAGAACAUUUUUUGUAAUCCUUCUAUUUGACUUGUAAGAAUGAAAUAAAACAAUGCAAAGAUAACUUCAAAA